CCCACAAUCUAAGAUGAUUCCAAGCACUCCCAUGUGGUCUUCUUCUUCUUAAUAUUGCUUCACCAUCUCUUCUCUAUAUCUACUGUUUUAUGCCCUUUCCCGCUCCAUUUCUCUGCUCAGCUAGUGUUCUUCAUUUCUCUUUGAGGUUCUCGUUCUCCAUUAAGGGAAGUCUGCUUAGUAAUCUGGGUUCUAGUUUUCAUCAUGUGGGAGUCAGAGGAUGAGUCAGUUGGAGGGAGAGAGUACACGAAUGGAGUUCUCAGUUCGACAAAAAAUGAAGUCGAGACCAACCAGUUUGAACGAAGAGAUCACUCAUGGUUCGUCGCAACCGAUAUUCCCAGUGACCUUCUAGUUCAAGUUGGAGAUGUUAAUUUCCACUUACACAAGUAUCCUCUUCUUUCUCGAUGUGGAAGGCUGAACAGAAUCAUAUAUGAAUUGCAUGACGGGAACCUGAACAAGAUAGUCAUGGAUGAUCUUCCAGGUGGAGCAGAUGCAUUUGACCUAGCGGCAAAGUUCUGCUAUGGGGUUCAUAUCAAUCUAACAGCCACCAACAUCUCUUGUCUGAGAUGCGCUGCAGAGUAUCUUGAGAUGACAGAGGACUUCGAAGAAGGCAACCUCAUAUUCAAGACUGAAGCGUUUCUGAGUUACGUUGUCUUGUCUUCAUGGAAGGACUCCAUUCUAGUACUAAAAAGUAGUGAGAAGCUCUCUCCAUGGGCAGAAAACCUGCAGAUUGUACGUAGAUGCAGCGAGUCCAUUGCUUGGAAGGCGUGUGCCAACCCAAGAGGUAUCAGAUGGGCUUAUACAGGAAAACCACCUACAAAAGUCUCCAGCCCAAAAUGGAACGAGAUGAAGGAAUCAAGCCCCAGUACGAAUCAACAGAUCCCUAUAGAUUGGUGGUUUGAAGACGUAUCGCUUCUUAGGAUUGACCAUUUUGUCAGGGUUGUUACUGCGAUCAUGGUGAAGGGAAUGAGGUCCGAGUUGAUUGGAGCGGCAAUCAUGCACUAUGCAUCAAAAUGGCUUCCAUUCUCGGAAAAAGAAGGUAUUGCAGUUGCAGGUGAAGGUAGUCAAGGCAAAGAAAGUAAUAACAGUAGCAGCAGCAGUAGUAGUAAUAGUAGCUGGAAAGGUGGAUUUCACAUGUUUGCGUCAGGCACCAAAGAGGACCAGCCCAAUGCUAAAAUCAAAGAGCAACGUAUGAUCAUAGAAAGCCUCAUAAGCAUACUUCCUUCACAGAAGGAUAGCAUCUCUUGCAGCUUCCUUCUUCGGCUUUUGAGAAUGGCAAACAUGUUAAAGGUUGCCCCCGCUCUGGUCACUGAGUUGGAGAAACGGGUGGGAAUGCAAUUCGAACAGGCUACUUUGUCAGACCUUCUCAUUCCUUCUUACAACAAGAGCGAUACCUUAUACGAUGUGGAUCUCUUUCAGAGGCUUUUGGAGCAUUUUCUGGUUCAAGAACAGAUGGAACCUUCGAGCCCAAGCACAUAUUUUUCUGAGAAGCAUUCAUUUGAAGAAAUGUCCAGGAGUACUUCCUCUAAUGCCAAUAUGACAGUGGCAAGACUGGUAGACAGCUAUCUUACAGAGGUUUCCAGAGACAGAAACCUCUCCCUGACAAAGUUUCAGGCCUUGGCAGAGGCCUUGCCAGAAUCAGCAAGAACUUGUGAUGAUGGGCUGUAUCGAGCAGUAGAUUCCUAUCUUAAGGCCCAUCCAACACUCUCAGAGCAUGAAAGGAAGCGGCUCUGUCGUGUGAUGGAUUGCCAGAAGCUUUCUAUGGAUGCCUGCAUGCAUGCUGCUCAAAAUGAACGACUCCCAUUGAGAGUGGUGGUACAAGUCCUCUUUGCUGAACAGGUAAAGAUAAGCAAUGCUAUGGCAAACAGCUCCCUGAAGGAAAGUGGUGAAUAUCAUUAUCACCCUAUGGUCUGGACUCAAAAAUCUUUGCUUGAAGGGACCCCACUGUUCUACCAAGAGGGAUGGGCAAUAGCAAAGAAAGAGAUCAAUACACUUAAGUUUGAGCUUGAAAACAUGAAGGCAAAGUACCUUGAUCUUCAAAAUGACAUGGAUAACUUGCAGACACAGUUUGAGAAGAUGUCAAAACAGAAACAAUCAUCAGCAUGGAGCAGUGGGUGGAAAAAGCUCAGCAAACUCACAAAGGUGAAAGCCUUAGAAACCCAGGAUGCCGUAUCUCAGAUCCUAACUCCUUUCGAGCAGACAAGAAAGACAUCCAGAAGGUGGAGGAAUUCCAUCUCCUGAAUCAUGGGAGGCAAGAAAUAUACAGAUAAUGGUAUUGGUAACACUUAUAUUUGGGUCUCUAGCUACCUUCCUGUUCUUUUUUUCCCUUUUAGUUU